AAAACAAAGGCGCCCUCCCAACUUUUCUUCGCGGAAAGUUUUCCCAGGGCGUUUUGUUUGUGCGAACUCGGCCGGCGGAGCCCGGGAUCGCGCUGCCGGCGUGGCGGCUGUGCCUCUGCGCCUCGCCCCGCUCCUCCUCCUUCCAGCCUGGGCAGCUCCGCUCCCUCCCCGAGAGGCACCAAAUGGCUACCCAGUAACCUCGCGGGGCGGGGGCUGCAGCGCCGCCUCCUGCCGCCACCGCUCCGGGCGGCCGCUAGACCCGGCGGCGGCGCUGCCCGCGGGCGGGGAGCCGGGCCCGCAGCAGUGACGCGCCGCCUCGAAGCCAGAGCCCGCGCAGCGCCCCGCAAGGCGAUGGACGGCCGAGCCCCGCGCGUGCAAGACGCUCCGGCGGCGCUCCCGCCGGCCACACCCGCAGGGAGAAAACCAAAAGCCAAGGCACCGCUUCCUCCAGCUGAGACCAAAUGCCUUGAUGCCUCUUCAGUUGAUGAUUCUGUAGAAUCUUCUGCUUUUAUCAUGGAUCAGAAAGAGAACAUGACAGAUAAAGACAUUGAACUCUUGGUGGUUCUACCUGGAGAUAUUAUCAAAUCUACUACUGUUAAUGGCAGUAAACCUAUGAUGGACUUGUUGAUUUUCCUCUGUGCACAAUAUCACUUAAAUCCAUCAAGUCACACAAUUGAUCUGCUCUCAGCUGAAAAGAACCCCAUUAAAUUUAAGCCAAACACACCAAUAGGAAUGUUGGAGGUGGAGCAAGUAAUUUUAAAGCCAAAAAUUCUGGAUAAGAAGAAACCUACACCUUUAAUACCAGAGAAAACUGUGAGAGUAGUGAUCAAUUUUAAGAAAACGCAGAAGACAAUAGUGAGAGUUAGCCCACAUGCACCACUUCAAGAACUUAUCACCAUUAUAUGCAGCAAAUGUGAGUUUGAUCCAUUACACACACAGUUAUUGAAGGACUAUCAGUCUCAGGAGCCCCUUGACUUGACAAAAUCUCUUAAUGAACUGGGACUGAGGGAAUUAUAUGCCAUCGAUGUCAGCAAAGCCACUUCUGUUACUGCCUUCAACAAGUCAUCUUUACAAGAGUCCUGCCAAAUAUCACAAAACCUAGACCUUAUGAAAGAUAAAGAAAGUAAAGGGUUUUUCAGCUUAUUUCAACGCAGUAAGAAAAAGCGGGAGCAAACUGUCAGCGCCCCUGCAACUCCUCUAGUAAGCAAGCACCGGCCAACUUUUACAAAGAGCAAUACCAUUUCCAAACAGUAUAUUUCAAACACCCUGCCGUCAGAUGCCCCCAAGAAGAGGCGUGCUCCACUGCCUCCAAUGCCAGGGUCUCAGAGUUCCCCCCAGGACCCCGCGCACAUCCAGGAGAGGCCAGCUUCUUGUAUGGUGAAAUCCCCGAGUGUGGAUGAAACAGAGGAGAGUUCCUAUGGAGCAGGCAGGGUGAGGACGGGUUCUCUGCAGCUCAGCAGCACAUCUGCUGGGAAUUCAUCUUUGAAAAGGACAAAGCGAAAAGCACCUUCCCCGCCCUCGAAAACAGUCCUGCUGCAAAGUGAUGAGAACAGUCAUGUGACUGCCACGCAGUCAGUACCUGCAGUUCCUACCGACAGUGGUGUAGAAGUGAGCUCUUCGGAGGGCCUGUCCAGCCCAGAAGCCUCCCUUGGCCCUGGGAAUGAACAGUGCGCUGUGCCCCAGCUGCCCGCCGAAGCUCCUGUCUCGGGGUGCCCUGGAACGCCUGAGGCUGCUGCCACAUCUCUGCCCUCUGGAAUAAGCUCUGAUUAUAGCCUUGAAGAGAUAGAUGAAAAGGAAGAACUGAGUGAAAUGCCUAAAGAUGAGGCUGAAAAUACUUCUCUGAAGUCACAAGACAUUCCUACUGUAUCUACUGAUAUAAUAAAUACACUGAAAAAUGAUCCUGACUCAGCCCCUGGCAGUGCUACUGGAGAGUCCUCACAAAACUCCAAAGAAGAAAAACAAGGAACUAGAAACACAGAUGAACAAAGGCCACACAUUAUGGUAUGUAAUUCAAGCGACAAAGAGACGGUAGUUGACAGUGUAAGAAACCUGAAGUCACUGGACCCAAACCAAGAGAAAGCAGAUCAACAUGAAAUAAUUGUCAUUCCAACAAACACAGAAAAUAAUAUGAAAAAUGGAGUGAGGAGAACAGAAAUCAAUGUAGCAGGUGUUGCCAAAAAUAACGUGGACAUAGAAGUUGAGAGACUAUCAAAUUAUCAGGCAUAUAAAACUGAUACUGCUGGACGUUACAAAGAAAAUCAUCUUGCUGUUUCAUCAGCACCAGAUCAAAACCUGAUUCAACCCAGUGCAGAAAAGACAAAAAUGCAAGAUGCAGCAAUUCAGACAAUCCCUUCCUGUGGCAGUUUUGAUGGGGAUCAGCAAGAUCAUAAUUUGUCUGAUGUCAAAGUUGAUGAAAGUGUGCAAACUUCAAGUAACAACAAAUCAACUCAACACUUAUCUUUAAGCCCACAAGACUCUAUAGAUAUCUCAGGAGAAUUCAGGAGUAAGGGCCCCCUUGUUGUACAUACAGAAGAGCAACUCGCCAUAAAAGAUCCAACUUGUGCACAUGGUAAUGACAAUCUUUUGCCUCCUGUAGAUGGAACUGAUAAAAAUCCAACAGCUUCUUAUGUAAAGAAUUAUCCAUUUUACAGACAAGAUUAUAAUCCCAAGCCAAAACCUUCAAAUGAAAUUACAAGAGAGUACAUACCCAAAAUUGGGAUGACUACUUAUAAAAUAGUGCCUCCCCGCUCCCUGGAAAUAUCAAAAGAUCGGGAAUCGGAAACCAUAGGGUAUAAAAAUGAUCAGGAGAUACAUACUUUAGGGAAAAAGGACACUUAUGAGAAUGUGAAAGAAACUACAAUCCAAACAGAAGAUCUGGUCAUUUCUGAAAGCCCAAAGGAGUCACAAGCAGACCUGAAAUCAAAGCCUACCCUGAAAACAGAGCAUCAGAUGCAAAGUGACGAGAGCUUUACCCGCAGCAGAAUGGUGAAUCCUCUGAAACCUCCCAGAAUGACGAGUGACACUGGCACAGCUCCUUUUGCGCCAAAAUUGGAAGAUAUAAACAAUAUUUUGGAGUCAAAAUUUAAAUCGCGGGUUUCUAAUCCCCACUCCAAACCAAGUGCUUUUUUCUUGCAGAUGCAAAAAAGAGUUUCGGAUCACUAUGUGUCAUCUGCAGCCGCCAAGAGUGUUCAAGCUGCCUCUAAUCCUACUCCAAAGGAAUUAAAGAAAGAGGUGGAAAGAGAUAAAAUACCUCCUCUAGAGCCAGCUCUUUCUCCCUUAAGUAAAACUAUUCAAUCUCUUCCGCAGCCACACGUUCAAAACACUGAUGAUGACAGCAAUCAGAAGCCUACUGAAACCUCUUCUCCUGUGGCCUUUCCGCCGCCGCCUCCACCUCCCCCUCCUGCCGUGGCCUCGCCCCUUUCCCCUCCCCCCGUGGCCUCGCCCCUUUCCCCUCCCCCCAUGCCCUUCCCCCUUCCCCCUCCCCCCGUGGCCUCGCCUCUUUCCCCUCCCCCCGUGGCCUCCCCCCUUACCCCUCCCCCCGUGGCCUCGCCCCUUCCCUCUCCUCCCGUGGCCUCCCCUGUUCCCCCUCCUCCUGUGGCCUCCAAACCUGUUCCUCUGCCCAAGAGUCAGUUAGCAACACUGAAUCUGAAAACCCUGAAAACUUUUGGUGCCCCACGACCAUACUCCAGCUCUGCUCCUUCGCCGUUUGCCCUCGCUGUGGUGAAACGGUCACAGUCCUUCAGCAAAAGCCCUACAGAGUCAUGCAGUGAGGAGGUCAAGGGUGCCUCUGCCAGAACUCCAACUGAUGCAGAGAAAGGGAAGAUUCCUUCUGUAAAUACAUUUGGGAACAUGCCACAACUAGGUGUGAGUGAUAAGGAAAAUAAUUCUGCACAUAAUGAACAGAAUCCUCAAAUACCAUCUCCAACUGACUGCCCGUCGUUCACCCUUAAGAGACAAAGUUCUUCGACAUUCCAAAGCUCUGACCCAGAACAGAUCCGACAGAGUUUGCUGACUGCAAUUCGUUCUGGAGAGGCUGCUGCCAAAUUGAAAAGGGUUACAGUUCAAUCAAAUACAAUAUAUGUGAAUGGGAAGUCAAGGCUCAGCCGUUCUACGUCCCUUGAUGCCCCGGGUAACCAUUAAAUGUUGCCCUGCCAUGCCGCACUUCACCGCCUCUGCUGCACAGAACAACUUCAGACUGAUGGAGAAUGUUAGCAAAUGUAUAUUGAGAUAUACACUAAUAUAUUAUCUAUUAAAGCAUAAGAAUUUGUGCUGUGACUUUUAAUGCCAAAAGAAGAAUUACCAGAAUUUAUAAUUUAUAAUAAUAAGUUUGGCUUUUUUUGCCUUAAGAACUGAAUGUGCUGCUUCAGAACUUUAAGACAAGGUGUUGAUAACUCAUUUUUUCAAAUGACAAAUGGUCACUUUUUGUUGAUUUCACUUAUUUUCCACUUAUUAACACAUUAUCUACAAUGGUGACUUAGACAAAAGGAUAAAUGAGGAUUCAUAGACUUAUGUGACACCUAAAUAGCUAGGCAAACAUAGAUCUGACAUUUGCUGCCUCAAUGUUACAGUUUAAUUGGAAAUGUUUUUAAGUUAUAUUAAAGCCUGUUUGUGCUGAAAGUUUGAUCUAGAAAACUAAUGAUGUCAAUAAGUAUAUUCAGUUUAACAGUUAAUUUCAAUGAUGAAUCACUUAGUGUGCAGGUCUUAUCUUGCACAUUCUUUAUGUAAUUACAAAAUCAGUGUCAAGUUUAUCAAAAAGCUCAUAGUAUUUUAAUAUUUUAUUAACAUGGACAUUUAAGUUUUUUAAUCUUUAGAGCUUAAGUUGCUCAAGGAGAAUUUUAAAUAUUUUCUGUAUAUAAUUAUAACAUUAUUGUCACACAGAUUUUGCACAUUUUAUGUGCCAGAAGCCUUAAAAAUCUUCCUGUGAAAAUGUUGAUAUAUUGUGACAGUUAUUUCAAAUUCGAUAUGUAGAGAAGAAUAGGGGUUAGUUUAUGUCCAUAUUGGAAAACUUUAAAAGAUUACUUGGAGGUUUCAGAAAUCCUGGUUUUAAUUAAAGUGAUAAAGUCAUUAUGUAGUUCAGAAGCUAAUAUUCUAAAUAAUAUAUAUUUACAUUAAAGUUAAAGUUGUUGAGCAGAACAAUGCCUAACUUGUUGGCUAGUAACGAUUCUGGGGUCUGGAGCUUGUUGAUGUUCUGUUCCUACCUGAAGAAUUUAAUUGCUUGCUUAUUCUAAAUGCCUUGUCAAACAAACUGAUGUUACGUUAGUUACUGGGAUAUCUGCCUCUUUGGAAAAUAUGUUGAUUUUUCCCCUGUUUAAUAAAAGCAAGUUAUAUAUUUGG